ACCUGUGACAUCAAGAACAAGAUCAAGAUCAACACUGGCCGCUGUGGCCUCCUGUUGAUGGCCCUUUGCUUCUGCUUCUCCCUCCUUAUAUUACCAGUGACAGGACCCAUGACGGAGGGGGGCGCAGCGAGAGACAGUAAUAAGUAGGGAAACAAGUCACUCCAGCCCCUAGUUCUUCUGGCCCUGGUCACUCCGCCCUGCCCCGCGUUCGACCCAAGUCACUCCGGCCCCCUGGGUGCGCACGCGUGUAUGAACGUAGAGGUCAGCAUGCAUAAGCUGCCACAGAGUGUUGAAACCGGAGCCAUGUCUUUGUGGGAGUCCCCUUAUGCCCCUGCCCUGACUGAGGUCCUGGGCAUCCUCAAUGAAAAGACCCUGAAGGCCCUCGCCAUCACCGCCACUGCCAACCGCCUGCUGCCGGUCAACAAGAAGGAGGCCACGGAGCUCAUCCUGCGCUACACCAACAGCCUGGCGCGGCUCUUCUCCUACAAGAAGAUGACGUCGCAGGUGCUCAUUGACUACCUGCACAAGAAGAAGGUGCCCAUGCGCAUCGGGGCCAGCAAGACGGAGCUCAUCGACAUAGUGAGAGAGGAGCUGGAGAAGUCCAUCAAGACAAACAAGCCCGACAGGAACGACUACCUUACGCCCUUCAGAACAACAUCCAAGGCUCAAGAUUCUUCAGUUAGAAAGCGUGGCGCAAUCGAAUCCCCCCUGCUCUGCCCCCCCUCCUCCAGCACCAGCCUUACCCUAACCACCAACAAAAAUGCAGCCGUGAACCUUAGUGUCAAUGCAGCAGUAGAGAACAUGAGCCUUGACGUUCAUAUGAGAGACAGCAGGAACGUCACCACCUCCCAGUCUCCACAUCCCUGGCCUCCUUCACCCAGCAUGAAUCUUCACCUAAACACCAGUGGCACCACUGUGAGCCUGGACGUCCAACAGACGUGUGGUGGAGGUGGGGAGAUAAGUGAGGUGUUCGCCCGGGAUUUCUGUCAGUGGUUCUACACGAUGGUGAACCGGUUGCAGCCUGAAGCAGUGCAUCUUCCGGGAGACUCACUGACUGUGGAUGCAUUUGUGGCGAAUAGCAGCGUGGACGUUUACCUGUACAGUGGCCAGAAGGUCGUGGAGAAACACGCGGUGGGCCAGGAGGACGCCUUCACCACCCUGAGGGACACCCUGCUGGAGUGUGGCGUCUGCUUCGCUCCAAACACUGACAAAGGCCCGUGUUGUGAGAUGUCCAAGUUUGGCAUGGUGAAGCUGCAGUGCAGCGGGACACUGCAUCGCUGCCAGGCUUUGGUGGGCGUGUUCGAACAGGAGUUUGGGCUCGUCAGGUGUCCCGAUGGAAGGUGGAAAGUCAUGGUCCUCAAACUUAAUCUCAAGCAAGCUUAAGCACCUGCCUGUCCAUCCAUCCAGCCCUAGCCAGACAACCUGUGACCUGGGCCACAGAGUGCAUUACAAGUCGGUAGUGCAGCUUUGUGUGUGUGACAGGAGUGUUAUUAUUUUCAUACAGCGAGGAGACAGCUAAGGAAAAAAAAUAAGCUGAAGACAAAUAUAACCCCCUAAACACUGCUUUUACAAGAGAAAUUAAACAGUGGCCAACAGAGCGGUCAGUUUCAGAUGGAGAGUCACCUUGAUCCAGCCAGUUCAUGUUGUGUGACUAUAGCACACUGGCAGAGGCUGGUGGUGUGGCUUGGUGUGGGUGGCUGGUGGUGCCCUGCCCACCCAGCGCCUGGUGACCACACACAUCCCCUUCACCAGGAGCAUGUGUGAGGGGAGUGUGUCGGUGAGGCUGUGAUGUGUCAGGCAGUCAGGGGUGCCUAUUUAUUGACCAUCCUGAAAGGGAGGGUGAACUGAAUAGACUACACUUGAGGAAAAUUGUCUUGUGCCAAACACUACUGUAAAACCUGGCCUGGGCCUUGGGGCUGCACGGUGCAUGUCUAGCUCACCCCCCAAGAGAACUUGACGAAGGGUAGCCGUCCUUAGCCAGAGUAACGCCCAAGGAACAGUUUGUGCCAUAGGCGAUAUUAGGUGUAAGUGUUGCCAUGCUGUCAAUCACACAUGAACAUUCAUUACAUACGCCAGAUUUUAGAUUUUUUAAGUGUCGUAUAAGUAUUAACGGAUGCGUCUAGUUUGGGUUUUUAAUUCCAUUUUUGUGACAGAGAAUUGUUGGAUUUUCAUUAAGUUGACAUAUCACAAACUCAUCUGUAAGAAAUUGUAUAAGAAAAUGAACAAAACCAUCAAACUUAAGGCCUUCUCCAGCAGGUCCAAAGUCCCACAAAAGAUUGAAUUAGAAAGCUGAGAAAGUGUAGUCACUGUCCUGCUGGUCCCAACACACACCUCAGAAACUAAAAAUUCAACACUUGUAGCUAAUCUGUCCCCAAAAUGGAAUUGAAAAGUUAAACUAGCCACAUAAUUUUUGGUAAAUACCAAUAACACAUGUAGAAAAUCUUCCACAAGUGUUGCUCUGCUGGUGAGAAGUCCCCAAGGAUCUGAGUGCAUUUGUGUGCCUAGGGUGUGUGUAAGGAGCCUGCCCAAUAAAGGAGAAUAUGUCCUUCA